GAGACCAUUGGCGCUAAAAUCUCAGCCUUUGCAACAGAUCACAAAAAUUAAUUUUCCAUUUUUCAUUUUCAUUAACCAAAAACAGGAAAGAUAGAGAAAAACAAAUUUACAGCAAUAUCAUUCAUGAUUAUGAGCAAACCCAGAAAUUUAUUGUCUUCUUGCAGAGUUCAAUGUAGAUUUUAAUUUAAAAUCAUAUUGUGGCCAUUUUUCACGAAGAUGCCACUGAAAAAUUGACCCUAUAUGAUAUUUAUUUUUUGAAAAUGAAUAUGUUAAUGAAUGAUUUCGAGAUAGAACAAUCAAAUACCAAGAUAGAAAUGAUCAAGGCCGAUAGCCCUAUCAGUAUCGCUCCUGAAAAUUCUGUCCAGAGUGAGAAGAAAAAAAGGUCUAUCAUUCCAAAGAUUUUCAGUUCGAAGCGAAACAGCAAAGCAGGCUCUAACGAUGACACAGGAUCAGAUGGUGAUGAAGUUUCUAUUGAUGCAGAAAAGAAUAUAUCAGAAAGAAGAAUAACGUUCAUGGAAUCGCCUCUGACAAUGAGCAAUAAUUACUCGGAAACACAGACUAGUCCUUCAAUUGAAGGCCUGAACCUAUCAAACUUUGGGCAGUCUAUGACACAAGAAACAGAAAUCAAAGAAUUUAGGAUUUUCGCUGGAACAUGGAAUGUGGGAGGAAGGACACCAAACUCUGGCCUCAACUUGGAAGAUUUCUUGCAGGUGGAAGGCUGUGCAGAUUUAUAUGUCUGUGGGUUUCAGGAAAUUGUUCCACUCAGUGCUGGAAAUGUAUUGGUGAUUGAAGACAAUGAACCUGCAGCAAAAUGGCUGGCUCUGAUAAACCACGCACUUAACAAGCCAAGGCAAGAGUCCUACUAUUUUCCUGAUUCAGGCCCUUUAAGAGUCCACAAAAGCCACAAUGUAAAAGACAAGUUUUUCCACAAACCUUCUUUCAAGGUCCUUAGUAAAAAUUUGAAGGCAGAUAGUAGUCUUCUCAAGAUCUGCAAUUGUCCCGUGGAGUACCCAUCUCAAGAGAGACAUAGACUAAGAAAACUUAACGAGUCCAUGGAUAAAUUAGACCCCGAAACUGCUCCUCAUCAUCAAUAUAACAGCUCAAAUGGAUCAAUUUAUACAGUUGAUAUGCCUAACUCACCCACACAAACUUACAGCCUUAUAGCAAGCAAGCAAAUGGUUGGUAUUUUCCUUUCAGUGUGGGCUAGAAAGGAGUUGGUGCCUCACAUUGGCCAUCUCAGAGUCUCUUCUGUAGGAAGAGGAAUAAUGGGUUGUCUUGGCAACAAGGGGUGUAUAUCAAUAAGCUUGUCUUUGCAUAGAACGAGCCUUUGCUUCAUCUGUUGUCACUUGGCUUCUGGGGAGAAGGAAGGGGAUGAACUCAAAAGAAAUGCUGAUGUAGCUGAAAUCCUCAAGAGCACACAAUUCCCCAAGAUUUGCAAGAAUCAAAAUCCUCGUGCCCCAGAAAGAAUAAUUGACCAUGACCGGAUAAUUUGGCUUGGAGACUUAAAUUAUCGAGUAUCUUUAAGCUAUGAGGAAACAAAGGUACUGUUGGAGGAUAAUGACUGGGACACCUUGCUAGAAAAAGACCAGUUGAAUAUGGAGAGAGAAGCAGGGAGGGUAUUUAACGGGUUCACUGAAGGAAGGAUUUUGUUUGCUCCCACUUAUAAAUACUCCCAUAAUUCAGAUUCUUAUGCUGGAGAAACUGGAAAAUCCAAGAAGAAACGCAGAACCCCAGCAUGGUGUGACAGGAUAUUAUGGCGUGGUAAUGGCAUUGAUCAGUUGUCGUAUAUUCGGGUAGAAUCAAGAUUCUCCGACCACAGACCGGUUUGCGCUGUGUUUGCAGUGGAGGUGGAAGCAAAGAACAGAAACAACAGCAAGUUCAGAAAGGGUUACUCAUGUGCUGCUCCCAGGAUGGUGGAAUAUGAUGAAUUCAAGCUUCAAAGGCAAAGCUUUUAUGGGCUGUAAUGAAAACCAACCAAGUAGUGUGUAUUUCAUUAGUUUCUUUUUUUUUAAUAUGUAGUGGGGGAGG